UCUCUCUCUCUCUCUCUCUCUCUGACGCGCGAGGUGGCUGGAGAAGCCGUUGUCUGUGACGCACUGCGCGCGCGGAAACACCCCACGCUCGCGCCUUAAAAGAAGCGGGGCUGGCAGGUGCGCACGCACGUGUGGAUCUCCCUGUGCACGCGCAGAGAACAUGGGCAACUGUAUCGUGCCUUACUGUGAUGGGCCCCAAAGCACCAACAUCCGGUUUUCUCUGCCGGCUGUGUGCUUUGUGUGGCAGACCGCCAUGAUCAUCCUCUUCGGGGUGUUUGUGCGCUAUAAUGAAGAAGCAGACACGCACUGGGUUGAAUUUAAAACUGAAGAAAACUUAACAAACAUUGAGAACGACUUCUACUUAAGAUAUCCAAGUUUUCAGGAUGUCCAUGUUAUGAUUUUUGUGGGCUUUGGAUUCCUCAUGACAUUUUUGAAGCGCUAUGGUUUUGGUGCUGUUGGUUUCAACUUCAUCAUUGCGGCAUUUGGACUUCAGUGGGCGCUGUUAAUGCAAGGCUGGUUCCACUCUCUGGACCCAGCUGACGGCCUUAUCAAAAUUGGCGUGGAAAACAUGAUCAAUGCAGACUUUUGUGUGGCUGGCUGUUUGAUUGCCUAUGGAGCACUUCUAGGGAAAGUCAGUCCUGUGCAGCUCAUGGUGUUGACCCUGUUUGGCAUUACCCUGUUUGCUGUAGAAGAAUUUAUCAUAAUUAGCCUCCUUCAUGCCAGAGAUGCUGGAGGUUCUAUGGUGAUCCAUACAUUUGGAGGCUAUUAUGGACUGGCUAUCUCAUGGGUCCUCUAUCGGCCAAACUUGAAGGAUAGCAGUCACUUGAAUGGCUCAGUCUACCACUCCGACUUGUUUGCAAUGAUUGGAACUCUGUUUCUGUGGAUGUUCUGGCCCAGUUUUAAUUCUGCCAUUUGUGACCAUGGAGAUGGUCAGCAUAGAGCAGCCAUUAACACCUACCUGUCUCUGGCUGCCACUGUCCUCACCACCUUUGCCAUCUCCAGCCUGUUUCAGAAGCAUGGAAAAUUGGACAUGGUGCACAUCCAGAAUUCUACCUUGGCUGGUGGUGUUGCUGUAGGAACAGCUGCUGAGUUCAUGCUAAUGCCGUAUGGCUCUUUGAUAGUAGGAUUCUGCUGUGGCCUCAUCUCCACACUGGGCUACAUUUACCUCACACCCUUUCUGGAGAAAACAUUAAAGAUCCAGGACACAUGUGGUAUCCAUAACCUGCAUGCAAUGCCUGGGGUCAUAGGGGGAAUUGUGGGAGCCAUCACAGCUGCUGCUGCUACUGAACCUGUAUAUGGCAAAGAGGGGUUGAUAAACACAUUUGAUUUUGAGGGGUCAUUCAGAAACAGAUCUCCAGCUGUCCAAGGUGGCUACCAGGCAGCUGCAAUGUUUGUCGCUGUGUGCUUUGGAAUAGGAGGUGGAAUACUUGUGGGUCUGAUCCUGAGGCUGCCUAUCUGGGGGUCUGUGGCAGAUGAUAACUGCUUUGAGGAUGAAGUCUACUGGGAGGUGCCUGAAGAGGAGGAACCUGUCCCUCCUGUUCCAGAGUAUAACAAACACAUGACAACCAACAAGAAUGCAGACGUGAUAGAAACCCGCUUCACUGUGGAACAGAGCUAAUCCUGGAAGAGCAGCGAGCUAUCAGCCUUGACUCUGCGAAUCCCGUGACCAUGCUUUCUUUCUCCAAAUAACAUUAUGCAUAGAUAUUUAUGUAAUUUGUUGUAAUAACAUUUUAUUAUACUGACCAUAGAUUACGUGUGUGUAGCCUACAGUAAAUCACCUGUUCUGUUCAUAUGGUUUUUGUUUUGCAUCACACCCAGAGUUUCCCAUCAAACUCUGACGUGCAGCAGUGUUGGAAAUGGAAGUGUUUUAACAUGUUAUUUCCUACACAGAAGGGGGGUCACAGCCAAAAGGAAGAGUUGCCCCAUUUCAGUAUUUCAUUCUCACUUUCCUUCUUACUAACCAGUUUUUAAGAGAAACUGCAAAUGUUUGUACUAAAAUACUGUCUCUGUUUUUCAUGGUAUUGAUUUUGAGGGGUUGAAUCUGACUGUCUUUUUAAUGCUUAGCAAGCGGUGAGAUUUCUUUUCAUGUAUAUUAAACAGUAGCCAUGGAUAUGUUGAAAUAAAAUACAUUUAUAUAUUUAGACUUACAAAACCAGAAAAGCUCUAAUUUGUUUGACCUAGCUAACCAUCAUUCAAACUUUCAAAUGAUAGUUUAAAAGAAAUUCAGUAGAUCAAUAGGUAUCCAACUUUUUAAACUAUAGUUUUAGACUAGUCUUGUGUACCUGCCCAUAUGAGAGCAGGAUAGAAAACAUUCCAGGCUAAAAGAAUGCAAUAGAAUUAUACAACUGACGUUACAUCACUCCAAAUAUUCUUCGAAGGCUAAACAUUGAUGCAAUUACAACACCAGAAAUUUCUUUACAUUUCCAUUCCCUAUUAAAAAAAAAGAUGUAUAUAAUUCAGUGAAGAAU